UUUAUAAUAUGCAAAAUUUUCCCAAUUUUACUCAGAAAGUAAAAACAUUUUUUUCGAAUAAUCUUUUUGCGAAAUUACAAUUAAAUUCGAAAAUUUGUGAAACGACCAAGUUCUUUCUUUUUGUUUUUGAUAAUUUUUUUCAAGAAAAAAAAAAGUUAAGUGGGACAAUUCUGGGACAUAAUGCAAAAUACAAAGGCUAAUAUUAAUUAAUUUAUAUAAAUAUAUAAUAUAUUGUAAGUAAACAUUUUGCUAACUAAACAUUUGAAAAAUAAAAAUUUAAAUGUAGUAAAAUUUGCUUUUUUUUAAUAUAUAUAAUUUAAAAAAUGAUUAGUUAGCAUUUAAUAAUAAUUAUAAAUAUUAAAUUUAAUUUAAGUGCAUUUUGCGAAUUUUUUCAGAAUGUUUUUUUCCCCGACGAUUAUUAAAAAAAUUUGUAGAUUUUCAUAUAUAAUUUAUAUAUAACAAAUGAAAACGCACAUUUAUGUUCGAUUCAAUGAAAAAAAGUAAAUUGUAUCCAAUAGGUUUUUUUUAACUACGACUUUUGAUUAUUUAGUGUCUCGGAGUUCAAUUACGGCGUGCAUACACUUUUAUAAUUAUUUGGUGUUUUUGUCAAACAAAAAAAAAAGAAAAAAAAUGUAUCUUUGUACAUACAAGAGCACAGAACACUUUGCACUAAAUAUCCUGUAGAUUAAAGCACUCCGACGAUUUACGACUUAUAUUAUAAUAAAAUGAACGGUACGAUCGUAUCUCUAGUCCUUUAAGAGUCGAUAUAUGUAAAGGAUUUGCAAAUCAUCAAUGAAAAGUUCCAUCAAUUAAAUAGUGUUUGAAAAGUUUGCGAAAAUUAAAAAAUUCCCUCAGAAAUUUUUAUUUAAACAACGAGUAGAUGUUUAACUUUUUAAAAGCAAUAAAAAAGAAACAAUAAUAAUGAAAUAUUUAUUAAUUAAAUCAAAUAAUAAAUUAAUAAUAUCUUGAAUUUUUUUUACUUUAGUAAAAUUAAAUUUUCAGAAAAUUAAACUAUUAGUUUGAAAUUUAUUAAAAUUUUUAAAUAAAUUUGACUUCAUUGAAAUAAAAUAGGAAUUUUUUUUUAAUGAUGGAAUUUUUCAUUGAAAAUUUAAGAAAUUUAAUUUCAAUGUCAAAUAAUUCCUUUUCUUUUUUUAGGGAGUACAAUAUUCUCCUUUAAGAAUUUUGUAUUAAGGACUUUGUAAAUUGACGAUAUAUAUUUGAGAGGAUCAUUUGAAAAAUCGUGAAAUAAAAACUGUUCUUUAUUUAAUUUGAAAAAAAAAUGUUAAAAUUAUUUGGGAAAACAAGAGAUAACCGAAAGAAACGACAUGAUUUUGUUUUAAUCUGUUAGCCAUUUUCAUUUUUACGUGAAGCUCCGACACAUCGCUUUUAAUUUACAAAAAAAAAAAUAAACAUGUUUUUCUAUUUAAUUGCAUUUGCGGCUGCUUUACUUACAAUUUUUGGACUCACAAGUUCGCGAAAUUCGCUUCGCAACUUUUCAAGCAGAGGAUUUAAUCAAUUAUUACAACAGACAUUUGGGGCAUUUUCAUCUCGCGAUGAAUUUUCUGUUAAUCAAGUCUUAGACGAAAUAGGAGGAGGUGAAGAGCUAUUAAUGAAAGCGGAUACUGUAAUUGCGGAAAGAACAACAGAAAUUAUUCAAAAUAUUGAGAAAUCAUUGGAGGAAAAAUCUUUAGCGCAAACAGAAUCCAAUGAAAGUUUUACUUUCGAUUAUAAAACAAGAAGACAUGAUUUUUCGAGAGUUGCUGAGGAUAGAUCGUCAUCUUCUGAAAGAGAAAGAAACAAUAUUCAUGUUCCUCAAGAUAUGUGGAAUAUUUUAAAGAAAACAUCAGUUCCUGCAUCAGAGAGAAGAAAUGCUGAGACUUUAUUUGAAGCACUUCUUCAAGAAACAGCUAGAGAAUGUCGAAGAUUAAGAGGAAAUGAUAAUGUUGAUAAUGCAACUUUUAAUAACAAUAAAACACAAAUAAUCGGUGAAGCUACAUUCGAAAAAAUGAUGGAAGAACAAACUCUAAAUGAUGUUCAAGACUAAAAAGAUCAUCUUUGAAUUGAAUAGUUUGAUUUUUCGAAAAUAAAUCAUUAUAAUGAAAAUAUAAAAAUAAAGAUAAUAAGAAU